AUGUAUAUGGAAGUAUUAGAGCACGAAGUGGAGGCCCUCAAUGAAGAGGUCACACGACUGCGGCAAAUGGUGCACCGCAUCACCAAGUUCAGCGAGCCACCUUUGGGGGAGGGCGCCGCCAUAAUCUAUCGCGAUGGGAUCGAGGUGCCGUAUAGGCAAUCUGCCCCUGCCCAAACUCCAACUCCAACUUCCGCGUUAUUAAACGACUAUGCUCCACAACCUAUGUCUUGUACUACUACGGUCAAAGAAAGAAGGAAUAGUUCACGUACUCUGCAAACGCAGAUUGAGGGUUGUACUCUCAAACUUUUAAGCAUGCUCAGUGCGCUCCACGAGAACUAUUCCUCAAAUCCAGAUUUGGACACUGAAAAAAUCAUUAAAUCGCACCAUAAAGAUCCCAAAAGGUUAAAGCGUAGGAUGAACAAGCACGCUCCCCCUCGACGACAUGGGGAGCAUUCUUUAUCCCUUUCUUCCGAUCCAUAUUCCUCCUCCUCUUCCUGUUUAGCCGCGUCUAAACCUCGACCCUCGCUCGAUGUCAGUAAAAACGUCCCACACGCGGUGCGCCAUGAUACCAAAGACCGCGCGGCCCCUCUGGGGCCGGUGGUGGAGCCCAGCCCGCUCCCCCUUCCCCCUUCCAACGCGGUGGUAGAGUUGAGUGCGUCUCCGAUGACGGAGCCCGUGACGAGGGCACCGGCGGCGCCGAAGCCUACCCGCAUUCCGUCGCCGGGGGCGGCCACCCAGGCCGACCAUGCGCGUACCGAUUGCGACGCCUCCUCCCGCACCGCCCCGGCCCCACUGAACGCGUCGGGGCCUCGUCACGUCAUCAACGCGAGGGAGGGCCGGGUGGUGGCCCAGCAGGAGGGGGCCUCCCCGCUGCCUAAGCCGGAUCAAUCGCUUUCGCUGAGUUCCAAGGCGGGCGCACUGGGACUUGCAACCGAAACAGAAAGGUCCCGUCCCGCCAACAGCAUGCACCUGUUACAGCAUCUAUCGCAGACCUCCGAGAGUUCCUCCACGGAACAGGCGGCAUCGAGGCCACCGAUCGUGUCGGGCGCCCUGGAAGACUCCAAGCCGGUGUUGCCGAAUCCUGCGAUUGCGGUGGCCGAGCUCAGCGAGGACAGCACCUCGGAAGACGACUUGGACGCGUUAAAAGGCGCGUUUGGCGUGCGCUCUGAUCCCCCAGGGCAGGGGAGGCGAUCGUCCGAGAAAGGGAUGAAGUUCGGCACGACAACCUCCACAGGGAUCCACGCGCAGCAGCUACGGCCCAGCGUCCUCGAGUUCAUCCGGCGACAGGGGGGGGAUACGUCGACCUCGCUGUCUGAGCUCACGGACGAGGUCUCCGUUCGGGCCCGCGAGGGGCAAGCCCAAGAUAGGGGGGGAGCCAUACCUCCACAGCUCGUUCAGACCCAACUGCGCGAGGCCAACAGUUGCGCCGCCGCGGAGAGAAACAACACUGGAUCACACACACCAGUCCUGGAGAACUCGCUUAAUCCGUCGAGGUCCUCCCUCCAGUUCUCGGGUUAUGGACAGAUCGGCAUAAGCGCGAACAGCCUUCCAGGGGACUACGACUUCGGUUUUGAAUCCCUGAACCACAGUCCGCGGCUUGAAUCACCCUCAUUACCUUCCAUUCCACGGACACGGUGGAGCCCAGGAACCGAGAACAAGGGGUCCUAG